AUGUUCAGAUCUUUUACAUCUACAUCUGUAUCUUUACCUUUAUUAGUAUUAAUUUUAAUGUUAUACUUUCUUCAAAUAUCUGAUACCAGAUUCAAUGAUAAAAAUGAAUAUUUGAAUAAUAACCCGGUAUUAUUUGAAAACAUGAUUAAUCAUCUGUAUCAAACCAUGCCAUCAGUUUAUAAUGAUAAACUUGAAAAAAUAUAUGGAGUUAGUUUAGGAGGUUGGUUAGUAACUGAACCUUGGAUAACUCCAUCACUUUAUGAAAAUGUUGAACGUGAUUAUUCAAAACCUAUUCCAAUUGAUGAAUAUACUUUAACUUCAUCAUUAGGUAAUAUUAAUGGUUCAAAUUAUUUACAAAAUCAUUGGUCAAAAUUUUAUAAUGAAUUAGAUUUUAAACAAAUUUCUCAAUUAAAAUUAAAUUUAAUUAGAAUACCAAUUGGAUAUUGGGCAUUUGAAUUAUUACCUAAUGAUCCUUAUAUUCAAGGUCAAGAAAAAUAUUUAGAUUUAGCCAUUGAUUGGGCUAAUAAAUAUAAUUUAUUAAUUCAAAUUGGAUUACAUGGAUUACCAGGAUCACAAAAUGGUUUUGAUAAUUCUGGUUUAUAUACUGAAACUCCCACUUGGUUAGAAAAUGAAAUUAAUAUGAAUUUAACUUAUCGAUUAGUUGAUUAUAUUUUAAAUAAAUAUGGUAAUAAUUCAAUUAUCCAUUCUAUUCAAUUAGUUAAUGAACCAUUAGGAAUUUUAUUAAAUAAAGAAAAAUUACUGAAAUUUUAUAUUUAUUGUCUUGAAACAGCAUUUAAAAAAAAUAUAAAAGCAAAAUUAGUAUUUCAUGAUGCAUUUUUAAAUAUUGAAUCUUGGAAAGAUUUCCCAGGAGAAUAUAUUUUAGAUCAUCAUUUAUAUGAGGUAUUUUCUGAUUGGCAAAUAAAUUUAAAUUUACAACAACAUUUACAAAGUAUUAAAAAUCAAGGUGAAAGUAUUAAUAAAUCUGGUCAUCGUAGUAUAGUAGGGGAAUUUUCUGGUGCUCUUACAGAUUGUACUAAAUAUUUAAAUGGAGUUGGUAAAGGUUCAAGAUGGGAUGGUAGUUUUGAAAAAAAUCAACCAUCACAAUUAAACCGGAAUGAAACUUGUCAAGGUCAUGAUGAUCCAAAUAAUUUAAUGUAUAAAUUUGAUACAAUGAUAUUUUUAAAAGAACAAUUUUAUACUUUUGAAGAAAAAGGUAACGGAUGGAUUUUUUGGUGUUGGAAAACUGAAUCAACAUUGGAUUGGGAUAUGAAAAGAUUGAAUGAAUUGAAAAUGUUACCUAAUCCAUUAUUUCAAUAUAAAUCUACAAAUGAUGAUAAACAAUCACAAUCACCAGAAGAAGAGGAUGGGUUUGGUUUACUGAAUAUCGAUUUUCAAGAAACUUUACCAAAAUAUGUUGGUGAACAAGAAUCGAUAGAACAAAAGUUUGAUUAUAGUACUAAUACUAAUACUACUACUGGUUCUAGUUCAAAGAAAAACAAUUGUUCAAUUAUAAAUUUUGGAAGUAAUUUUUUAUGGCAGUUUAUAUUUAUAUAUUUUUUGUUAAUUUUUUAG